CCGCAGCCCGAAGACGAGGAGGACGACGAGCCGGCGCUGGAGGAGCUGGAGCAGCGCGAGGUGCUGGUGCUGGGGCUGGAUGGCUCCGGCAAGAGCACGUUCCUGCGCGUGCUGUCCGGGAAGUCGCCGCUGGAAGGCCACAUCCCCACCUGGGGCUUCAACUCCGUGCGGCUGCCCACCAGGGACUUCGAGGUGGACCUGCUAGAGAUUGGCGGCAGCCAGAACCUGCGCUUCUACUGGAAGGAGUUUGUGAACGAGGUGGACGUGCUGGUGUUCAUGGUGGACUCGGCUGACCGGCUGCGGCUGCCCUGGGCCCGGCAGGAGCUGCACAAGCUGCUGGACAAGGACCCCGACCUGCCUGUCGUGGUGGUGGCCAACAAGCAGGACCUGAGCGAGGCCAUGAGCGCGGUGGAGCUGCAGCGGGAGCUGGGGCUGCAGGUGGUCGACAGCCAGCGGGAGGUCUUCUUCCUGGGGGCCAGCAUCGCCCCUGUGCGACCCGGAUCUGAAGACCCCGGCACCGUGCACAUCUGGAAACUACUCUUGCAGCUUCUCUCCUAGGCUGGCACCACCUGCUCACCCACCAGCCCUGGGAGCCCAGUUCUGCUGCUCCUGCUCUUCAUCACUGGCCUGGGCCUGGGCCUGGGGCAGGAGCUGCGUGGCAGCACGUCCCUUCUCUCCUUGCCCUCAUCAGAGCCUAGAACCACGCAGAAUCCUUCCUGGUGAGGUGUCCGUGGGGCUGAAGUGGGGUGGGGCAGAGGGUGGGCUCAGUGCUCCCCUCCCUGCAGGUCCUGGUGGUUGAAAAAAUAGUCAGGCUGUUUCCUCCUGGCAGUUUCAUGCCCCUCACAGACAGGUUCUAGGCAGCACACAGUGAACCCUGGCUCUCAGUUCCACGUGGUCCUCCAGCCCCAGCUCUGCCCAUCUGGCUUGUGGCUUUGACCAGUCUCUUCCCUUCUGGCCCCAGGGCCAUCAUUUUAACAGGAAGGUGAUUUCUGUGCUUUGUGUGGGUUUUUUUUUUUCAACUGAGAGAUGCAUUUCCCGGCAUCGGAGAUAAGUGUGAGGACAAACCUGGAGAUCCUAGCAAGGGUCUGCAACGUCCCCACUUCCCCAAGCUGAGGCCCGGCCCCAGCCUCUCAUGACUGCGGAGUAAGUGGUCACCCCCAAUCGGAAACACUGAAUUUCCCACCACGUCUGGAGACAGAAGCUGCUGCUCUUGUGUGAACGAUGCCGGCACCAGGUUUCCGUAAGGGAGAGACCAGAGUCCCCUUCCUGAGAAGAUAAGACUGUCCACCAGAGCUGGGCCUUGAUCUAGAACUGCAUUGUGAUUAUUUAUUUAUAAAAGGAACAGGCCAAAGAUUUAGCCUCUGUUUCUAGGUGCUGCUAUCAAAACCCCAGAUGACUGUCAUGGAAAAUCUGGAUCUUUGAGGAAAAUGGCUGGAAUCAUUAAUGACAGUGAUAAGUUAUGCAGGUCAAGGAGCCAAGCUAUAGCUCCCCUGCCCUUUGGUAUAAUGAUACCAGGAGAGUUCACACUGAUCCACAUGAACUGUACCUCCAUCGGUAUGUCAGAUCCCUUCUGUGUAGAUAGCAGAGGACUCUGGGAAAGGAAAUUUCAAUCGUGUAAAUCCAGGUAAAGAGAUGGGAUGUAGCAGCCAGCCAGUGGGGUAGCCUGGGGCAUGUCACUCAGCCUCCCAGACCCGUGGGUGCCCAGCCACAGCAGAGUUGGACGGAAUUUCUAGUGUUCUCGCCCGUGCGCAUUCCAUGAUUCUCUUUCCAGUGACCAGCCAGUUAGGACCAUUUUGUCUCUGCAUCGACACUUCUCUUUCAUGCAGGCAAGAGGAGGAGCCUUUUGUCUGUCGGGGUCACUGAAUAACCAGUGGCCACAAAUGGACUAUUCUUUUUUAUCAAUUCUGUUUGCUUUUUCAUUGAGAACAGAGGUUCCGUGCCUUCCUUUCAUUUGUUUACUUUGUGCUCAAUUCUUCAGCUGGUGUGAGGAGGGGAAGGAGGGAGGCAGAACUGAAGAGUAGCUCGCUCUGCUCUAGGGCUUUGGAUUAACUUUCUGCAUUAAGAAGGGACUUGUCUGUUUUUAUUUUCAACAAUUAAGGAACCGCUUGGAUUGUAGAGUAGCCUUUGAAACUUUUCUGACAACUUUUCACUUCUGUGUUCUAUGAACCCCACCUGGGUCCCAGUGCUUGAGUUACCUUUGGCACCAGUGCUGGUGAGGGACCCUUUCUCCUCACUGAGAUCAGCCUUUGGUCUGUUGAGUAUCAGUCCCUAUGUAGUACGAUUUUUAAAGGCCCCAGAGGGAGAGGUGAACUUGAUUAGAGUUCAACUACAUGUAGUUGAGCUACUUUUAAAGACCACUCGGAACCGAUGGGUCCCAGUGGCAUCAGAAGACACUGCAGAGGGGUGCAGAAGGGCCAGCCUGCCACCACUCAGAUGCUGGCAUGGAACACAGACGUUCUGUCGGCCUGUGGGCGAGCCUGAGCACACCUGUGGCUGACAGCUGUGCUCCUGUUGGGGCUGCUGGGCCAGACUCGGGGCAGAGUGCCACCGGGCCCUGUGCUCCGAUUUCCAGAACCUGACUGGGCAAAGCAGAACAGCCUUUCUUCAGGACAGCUAGCUGCCCGGCCUUGUGACUGAUUCAGGAGCCAAGUAAGUGCUUUUGGAAACCAGGCGUUACUCGGAGCUAGCCAUCUCAGUGAGGUUCCUGAGCUAGUCUGGGUGACACCGCUCCCACCACUGCCCUGGCUCUACAGCUCCUGACCUGUCUACACAUGGGAACAGGUAGGAGGUAUCCGGGCCAACCUGGCCCCGAGCUGGCACAUGUGGAUGGUCUGGGCAAGAGGGCUCUUGAGGCUGCCGGGACCACCACCUUGGACGGACUGCCCAUCCCAAGAAGCCUCUAGCACCUCUUGGUGCCCACAACUGCCGUUGGAAGCUUGCGCUGAUGCAGUGGAACCAGCGUAAGACUGGGGAGGGCGCGGAGUCAGUCCUCACUGCUCCCCUACCCCAACCCUCCGCGGAAGUGCUGAUGAAAACCUAACUGGCCUGUCUGCCUGAAGGAAGCGUCAGGUUCUCCAUGAAACCUUUCCAUUUGCCUUUGAAAAACUUUGUUCUUAUGUAGUUUAGUAGCAACUGCCAACAUCUCGCACCAGCUGCUGAAGCUUGCCUGUGGUGUGGUCCUCGCACAGCUGCCCGACCUCGGAUCAGGGGCACUGAGCAUGGGCCUCAUGCUUGCUCUCUGCUCACACGUCCUCAGUCCUUUCUAGUAGCUCUGAAAAGGGACCCUUCCACUUCUCAUCUGCUGCCUCCAGGAGAUGGGGCGCUAAGGGACAAGGGGAGGUGUUUCCUCAAAGACCGGGAAGUAAAGGGCCUUGCUGUCCUGCCUGUGCCUUGCACCCAGGCCGACAGUCACCAAGGGCGGACAGCAGAAGAGCUAGUGCUGGCGGUGUCUGAGGUACUACACAAUAAAUGCCAAAAACGGUGUGGUUUCAUUGGAA